AUGUCGCGAUCAUGGUUCCCCAGUGCAUACAUUCAUCUGCUUGUGGUCGAGCUGGCUCCGCUGUACGUGAUGAUUGCGAGUAUGUACAGCGCCAUCAAGGAGCGUGGGGCCGCGAAGUUUUACACCUGGAUCCGGAACCACCGGUCGGGCCUCUUCGCGGAGCUGGACCAUCUCGGCGAUUUCGCCGUAAAAGACUGCGGCAAAGCAGCUUUCGAGAGGAUGAUCUGGACUGGUAUGCUGAAGUUUGAGUGCGGGGACAAGAGUGAUGGCACCUUUGUGGAGCAUACUGUCUUCGUGUCACCCUUUGAGGGGAACUUCAGGUCAUGGGCGCUGGCGCGUGCCGUCUGUUUGCUCGACUGGUACGUAUUCUUCAUGUGUGCCGGCACCGUCGCAUGUUGCAUCUUUCUCUUGUGGCGCACUGGCGAACGCAGCUUUAACAGUGCCGGCUACGUGGCAUUUACUUGGAAUUUGGAGCAGAGCAAACGUUACAAUGUGAUGGUUCUCUUGGCGGCGUCUGGGCCCAUCAUAAGUGGCAUCUACAUCCUCAUCUUCGUCCUCUUCUUCACCGAGGACGAGCCGGGACGUGGCAUCGGCCUACUCGACAUGAUCUUUCAGCUGGGACUGGUGGCUUAUCCGGCCAAGCUGUUGCUGAUCCCGGCUACUCCGAUCCAUCACUGGACCAUGGAUCAUUUCGCCGGGAUCCAUUUCAAGCGCAAGUGGUGGUGCAUGUUCACCCAGAGUAACGAUGCUUUCGGCGUGAUUAUUGUGGAUGCUCUUUGGCGUGCCAAGCACGGGCAUUUCGAGAAGCUGGACAAGCUGCUGAAUCCCAGAGACACAGAGGCUUUCUUGCUGGCGGCAGGAAAGAUGCAGGAUGAGGAGGACUCCGAAGAGGACCCCCUCGUCUUGAGCAUUCUCAAAGACCUGAGCCCUGUCAUGCGCAACGACACCGCUACCGAAAGCAGCGAAUCGGAGGUGUAA